UGUAAGAUGGCUUCAUUAGUUGGAUCCCCACUGAAGCUUCAUAUGAAUUUAACCCUGACAGUGACUUUAUCUGUGUGACCCCCCAUCCCCCAGUUCUCUGCCCUGCCUCCAGUCAGAGUAGUGUUCUCCAUCACCAUGGAGGGCAGUGCCAGGAAGGUGAUCACUGUCCGCUCGUCCCUCAUGGUGAAGAACCGGCUGGAUGUUCCUAUGGAGGUCCGUCUGGACAGCCCCUCUGCUCCUGACAAGCCAGUGGUGCUGCCUCCUAUCCUCCCCGGCCAGGCAUUGGCGGUGCCCCUCCACCUCACGUCCUGGCGUCUGCAGGCCCGGCCCAAAGGCCUGGGCGUGUUUUUCUGUAAGGUUCCCAUCCACUGGACCAGCGUGGAGCGGCCCGGGGAGAUCAGCAGCAGUAAGAGGGACUGUCAGUCAGCAGACUUUGACGACAGCCUCAAGCGUGACUUCAGAUUUUGUUUGGUCAUCAAAAAGGAGAACUAUCCGGAGCAGCAGCCGGCCAAGAGGGUUGCUGGCAGUGCAAAGGAGAUCUAUCGACAGCCAGGCCACACCAUCUACCUGCUGCCCACCAUGGUGCUGGCCAACCUGUUGCCCUGUGACCUCAACUACUUCAUCAAGGGAACAUCCAUCAGAGGCUCCCUGAAGCCAGGGAAAGAGGCAGUGCUUCACCCUGCCGACACCUCUCAGAACAUGGAGCUAGGAGUCCUGCUGGAGAGCUUCCCUGUGUGCAAAGAGCUGCUCAUUCCCCCUGGUACUCAGAACUAUGUGGUGCGCAUGAGGCUGUAUGACACCAACAAACAUCUGCUCUGCCUCACCAUCCGCAUCAUCCUGCGAGCACAGGGGGCUCUGAAGAUCCUGAUCUCUGCCCCCUACUGGCUUAUCAACAAGACUGGCCUGCCGUUAAUUUUCCGUCAGGACAACGGCAAAGCUGAUGCUGCAGGCCAGUUUGAGGAGCACGAGCUGGCCCGGAGCCUCAGCCCACUGCUGUUCUGCUACACUGACAAGGAGCAGCCUGCGAUGUGCACAAUGCGGAUCGGUAGAGGGAUCCACCCAGACGGAGUUCCAGGCUGGUGCCAGGGCUUCUCCCUGGACGGAGGCAGUGGAGUCAGGGCAGUAAAGGUCAUCCAGCACGGGAACAGGCCUGGCCUCAUCUAUAACAUAGGCAUCAGUGUGCGGAAAGGAAAAGGACGCUACAGGGACACACACAUAGUGACCUUUGCCCCGCGCUACCUCCUGGACAACCGCUCUACACACAAACUGGCCUUCGCUCAGAGAGAGUUUGCAAGAGGAAAGGGUACGGCUAACCCAGAGGGUUACAUCUCCACCCUGCCGGGCUCCAGCGUUGUCUUCCACUGGCCACGCAAUGACUACGACCAGCUGCUGUGUGUGCGCCUCAUGGACACCCCCAACUGCACCUGGUCAGGAGGCUUUGAGGUCAACAAACCAAAGUCCUUUCACGUCAACAUGAGAGAAAAAGAGGGGGAAGACUGUCGGGUUCGGUCAUCCACCAUCACGACCAUCACCUUCUCCGGCCAGGACAUUACCCUCUCCUCAACAGUCACCAACUUGGGUGUGAAAAUGGACGCCCAUCUGACCUUUGAGGCCCACAUUAAACAGCUGUGCAAAAACUCCUUCUAUCACCUCAGGAACAUCGCCAAACUCCGCCCCUCACUCACUCUGUCUGACGCGGAAAAGCUAGUCCACGCCUUUGUCUCCUCAAGGCUGGACUACUGCAAUGCACUCCUCAUCGGGAUCCCUAAGAAAAGCAUCCAGAGGCUCCAGUACAUCCAGAACAGCGCUGCUAGGAUCCUGAUGAGGGUGCGCAAAUAUGAUCAUAUCACCCCCAUCCUGAAAUCACUACACUGGCUCCCCGUGGAAUUGAGGAUCGAAUUCAAGGUCUCCGUCCUGGAGCCACCACCAGUGGUAUCUAUGGUACAGCCCCUUCCAUACCUCAAGGAACUCCUCCACCCCCGCUUACCUCCGUGCGGCACAGCCCGCUCCAGCAACUCAACUCCUCAAACCCCCGAGGACUAA